AGCAGACUCAUUGCAGUUGCAGAAAAGUCACACUUUUGGUGGAUGAGAUAUUAGGAAAGUAUCAUUUUUCCCAGUAAGGAAAGUUGUAAGGGGAAAAUGCUUGUUUUGAACAGGUAUUUCAUGUUGUUUGGUGAUUCUGAAUGUCUGGAAAUUCUUUGCCUAGAAAAUUGCAGUUACUAGGGAGGAGAAUAAACAUCGAGAGGUCAGCCAGAAGGUUACUGCCUGCAAACUACAGCGAUUGUGCUUUAAGACCGGAAAUCUAAUUCACCAGCAACCUCAAAGGCCAUAUUUGUUUCUCAUCUGUAAGUUGGCUUUAUGACAGUGUCUUGCACUGUGCAACUGUCAACUUUCAGUACAUGAUAAGAAGAUCUAUGCAACUGCUGUUAUAUACUGGCUGGCCUGCCGACACAGCACUUCCAGAAAUGUCAGUGCUCCUCUAAGUAGCACUGUCCAGAGCUGCUCCCAGUGGGAAACACUGUUAAGAUGGUUGUUCAUGGACUCCUGUAGGCAUCUCACGGGAGAGAUACUGCACGUCAGGUACCUCCUGCUUGAAGUCUGAAGCAGUGAGCCCUCAACAGUAAGAAGGAGCCCUUAGCUUCAAAAGAAACUGCAGACCAUUGCUGCUGUGUUGAGCGGAUUUGAUGCUGGCUUUUCCUGGAAUGCUAAUCUUCGUGGUCUAAGUAAAUUUGGGAAAUACCAAGGCUGGAUUCCUGAGCUGUUGAAACAUGUAGAGUGGGAACAGAAAAACUGGGUGAAUACCUAUCAACAUUUGUUCAGAAGCAGUACCAUCUCAGGGAAGCAGUAGCCUGUUGUAGGUCUCCUGAAGCAAUAACGUAAACCAGUAAUGAGCAGAUGAUACCAGGUAAAUGGUGUUUGGUUGACGCAACACUGCUCAAGCAGCAUCAACAAGCCAGGGACUUUUGUGCUCCCAAGUCACUAGGAAACAUGCCCAGUAUCUCAGCUGCCAAAGUGACUGCAGUCUCAACAUAAAUAUCUGUAGAUCUCUCAGCCAUGUCUGUUAGUGCAACAGAGAGUGAUCCUCCUAGAUUCUUCGUUGGUGGAGAAGAUGGAGAAGAACUGUUGGAUUCAGCCAGAUCUACGGAUUAUGAACAUUUCUAUGACCAUGGGGAAGAAGAGGAGGAAGAAUAUGACUCGCCACCAGAAAGACAGAUUGCAGUUGGAAUUUGUUCAAUGGCCAAGAAAUCAAAGUCUAAACCAAUGAAAGAAAUUCUUGAACGUCUCUCCAUGUUUAAGUACAUUACUGUUGUAAUAUUUGAGGAAGAUGUUAUUUUGAAUGAGCCAGUAGAAAACUGGCCAUUAUGUGACUGUCUCAUUUCUUUCCAUUCUAAAGGAUUUCCACUGGACAAAGCAGUUGCCUAUGCAAAACUCAGGAAUCCAUUCAUAAUCAAUGACUUGAAUAUGCAGUAUCGCAUACAAGACAGGAGAGAAGUGUAUGGUAUUCUUAAAGCUGAAGGCAUUUUACUUCCUCGUUAUGCAGUUCUGAACCGUGAUCCAAACAAUCCACAAGAAUGCAACUUGAUUGAAGGAGAAGAUCAUGUGGAAGUGAAUGGGGAAAUUUUCCAAAAGCCUUUUGUAGAAAAGCCAGUUAGUGCUGAGGACCACAAUGUUUACAUUUAUUACCCAGCAUCUGCUGGGGGUGGAAGCCAGAGGCUUUUUCGAAAGAUUGGUAGCAGAAGCAGUGUUUAUUCCCCUGAAAGCAGCGUGAGAAAAACAGGCUCCUAUAUUUAUGAGGAAUUUAUGCCUACGGAUGGCACAGAUGUGAAGGUGUACACAGUAGGUCCUGACUAUGCUCAUGCUGAAGCCCGGAAGUCCCCAGCUCUUGAUGGCAAGGUAGAGCGGGAUAGCGAAGGAAAAGAAGUGAGGUAUCCAGUCAUCCUGAAUGCAAGAGAGAAGUUAAUUGCUUGGAAAGUAUGCCUUGCAUUUAAGCAAACAGUUUGUGGCUUUGAUUUACUGCGUGCUAAUGGACAGUCAUAUGUCUGUGACGUGAACGGCUUCAGUUUUGUGAAAAACUCCAUGAAAUACUAUGAUGAUUGUGCUAAGAUACUGGGAAAUAUCAUAAUGAGAGAACUUGCUCCCCAGUUUCAGAUACCAUGGUCGAUUCCAUUGGAAGCUGAAGAUAUCCCUAUCGUGCCAACCACCUCUGGGACAAUGAUGGAGCUUAGAUGUGUUAUAGCUGUAAUACGUCAUGGAGACCGAACACCAAAACAAAAAAUGAAAAUGGAAGUAAAACAUCAAAAAUUUUUUGAUCUCUUUGAAAAAUGUGAUGGAUAUAAAUCUGGAAAACUAAAACUGAAAAAACCAAAACAGCUGCAGGAAGUGCUUGAUAUAGCAAGGCAACUCCUUGUGGAACUUGGGCAGAACAACGAUUCUGAAAUUGAGGAAAGUAAAGCAAAACUUGAACAGUUAAAGACUGUGUUAGAAAUGUAUGGGCAUUUUUCAGGCAUAAAUCGCAAAGUUCAGUUAACGUAUCUUCCUCAUGGCUGCCCAAAGACUUCCAGUGAAGAGGAAGAUAACAGAAGAAAUGAACCAUCCCUCCUACUGGUUCUAAAAUGGGGAGGAGAACUGACCCCUGCAGGCAGGGUUCAAGCAGAGGAGCUUGGAAGGGCAUUCAGGUGUAUGUAUCCAGGUGGACAAGGAGAUUAUGCUGGAUUUCCUGGCUGUGGUUUACUUAGAUUACAUAGCACUUACCGACACGAUCUCAAAAUCUAUGCUUCUGAUGAGGGAAGAGUUCAGAUGACUGCAGCAGCUUUUGCAAAGGGACUACUGGCCUUAGAGGGCGAGCUGACUCCUAUUCUUGUCCAGAUGGUAAAAAGUGCUAAUAUGAAUGGUCUAUUGGACAGUGACAGUGAUUCUUUAAGCAGCUGUCAGCAUCGUGUUAAAGCAAGGCUCCAUGAAAUUCUCCAGAGAGACAGAGAAUUUACUGCUGAUGACUACGAUAAGCUUACACCAUCUGGAAGCCUCUCAUUGAUAAAAUCAAUGCAGGUUAUUAAAAAUCCUGUUAAGACAUGUGACAAAGUCUACUCCUUGAUCCAGAGCUUGACUUCUCAGAUUAGGCAAAAAAUGGAAGAACCAAAGUCUGCAGAUAUUCAACUGUACCACAGUGAAACACUAGAACUGAUGCUGCGCAGGUGGGCCAAGCUGGAAAAAGACUUUAAAACAAAGAAUGGAAGAUAUGAUAUUAGCAAAAUUCCUGAUAUUUACGACUGUAUAAAAUACGAUGUGCAGCACAAUGGCUCCUUAAAAUUAGAAAACACAAUGGAAUUAUACAGACUUUCAAAAGCUUUAGCUGACAUUGUGAUUCCUCAGGAAUAUGGUAUUUCUAAGGCUGAGAAACUAGAGAUUGCCAAAGGUUAUUGCACUCCUCUAGUUAGAAAAAUCCGUUCUGACCUUCAGAGAACUCAAGAUGAUGAUACUGUAAAUAAGCUUCACCCUCUUUAUUCCAGGGGUGUUAUGUCGCCUGAACGCCAUGUUCGUACACGACUGUAUUUCACCAGUGAAAGUCAUGUUCAUUCUCUGUUAUCCACCCUUCGUUAUGGUGCCUUAUGUGAUGAAACAAAAGAUGAACAAUGGAAACGAGCUAUGGAUUACUUAAAUGUUGUCAAUGAACUCAAUUACAUGACACAGAUUGUUAUCAUGCUCUAUGAGGAUCCAAAUAAGGAACUUUCUUCAGAAGAACGUUUUCAUGUGGAGCUGCACUUUAGUCCAGGAGCCAAGGGCUGUGAGGAAGAUAAAAAUUUACCAUCUGGAUAUGGAUACAGACCUGCCUCCCGAGAGAACGAAGGCUCGAAGAAAACCUCACAUAGAAAUGAUAGUGAUGAGGAGGCACAUACUUCUAAAAGGGAUGAAACAGAUCGGUCAGUAGUGAUGUUCAAGCCAAUGGUAUCAGACCCAAUUCAUAUACACAGAAAGUCACCCCUUCCGAGAUCCAGGAUGAUUGGUUCUGUUGAAGUCCUAUCAGAAAGCAAUAGUAACUUACGAACACCAAGAACUAUUCUGGAACAAAAGCAGAGCGGUCUAGGGUCUCACUGUGCGGGCCUGUUUAGCACCUCAGUGCUCGGGGGUUCUUCAAGUGCACCUAACCUACAGGAUUAUGCUCGUACUCAUCGUAAAAAGCUGACUUCUUCUGGCUUCGUAGAUGACACCACACGCGGUUCUGCUGUUAAAAGGUUUUCUAUCUCAUUUGCUCGACACCCAACCAAUGGUUUUGAACUAUAUUCCAUGGUGCCUUCUAUUUGCCCUUUGGAAACUCUUCACAACUCCCUGUCUCUGAAGCAGGUGGAUGAAUUUCUUGCGUCUGUUGCUGCUCCAUCAAAGGAAAACCUACAGAAGACAUCUUCUCCAACUUACAUGAGUGCAAUGUCAGGAAGAAAAAUUCCAUUGAAUACAUACACCCCUGCUAAAAUUCAGCCAACACCACUUGAAACUUUGCCGGAAAAGCCAGCAAUAGAGAAACCAACUUCAUCUUCCAGUGAAUCUUCUGUGUGUGUACCUGAUGUUAAGCUAUCUGUUGAAGAAGCCUCACUAGGUGCAGAACUUAGUAGUGACACUCUUUCUGAAAAUAAGUGCAUUUGAUCAGAGAAAAAUGGAAAGAACUUCUUAAACGAUUUCUUAGUGUUCAUUCAAGUAAAUAAUUGAUCACGCAAAUGCCAUUCAUGUCUGCAAUUUAUAGUGCAUUUAAGAACCUUCUGUUUAAACAAGAUUAAUUAAUGUGCAUUGUACAUAUGUUUGUCAAAUGUCUUUUCUCAUUUUCUAAAUAUUUCAGGAAAUGCAUUUAUUUAUCAGUUUGAACUGCACACCUCUAAAGAAAAAGCUGCACAUGAACCUUUUCAGUGUCUUCAGAUAUUGACUGUAAACUUGUUCAAAAGUGUAGUAUGUGUUACAGAGGCUCUGCUGGUGUCACUGUAAUGAAGUAUUGUCUGUUGUCAUUAUGAACUUCUAUUUUCAGGAGUUUAUAAUUUGCCCGCAAAUUUCUUUUGUGGGCUGAAAUGUAACACAAGUCUUGGUUAAAAGCUUUUUUUUUU